GCAGAGUAAAGGUAAGGGUUUUUUAGAUCCUACGUUUCAUCCUCGCGAACUCUCGUGCUUAUCUUCUUCCUUCCUUCAGCUAAUUCAUCCAAAUCUCUGAUCCAAAGGGUGGUGCUUGGUUCGGAUCAGGCAGCCGCCAUGGCGGAUCAGUUCGCGGAUUCGGCGAACAACGUAAUCAUCGAGGAGGUCAACAAGGGCCUGAACCCUGGAAUGAUAGUCCUGCUUGUGGUUGCAAGCUUCCUGUUGCUUUUCUUUGUGGGGAACUAUGCGCUCUACGUGUACGCACAGAAGACACUUCCUCCUAAGAAGAAGAAGCCGGUCUCAAAGAAGAAGCUGAAGAGGGAAAAGCUGAAGCAAGGUGUUUCUGCGCCAGGAGAGUAAACAGCAAUGUUACUGAUUUCAGUCUGAGCUCCUCUUCACAUGAUAACAAUAGACCCGCUGGAGCCGCAGUGUUUGAAGUGACUAUGUUCCGUAGAAGCUUUGUCGUGGAUGGUACAUUUGUAUCGGACACUUUAUUUCAACAACUGAUGAACUUUAGCCUUAAUUGAGCUACAUGUUCCCUUUU